AUGUCAAUCGCAUACUGCUGGAGGAGACGCGACGUCUCUUCCCACCAGCCCAAAGCCCUGAUCAGCGCCCAGCCAGGCUAUCGCAUACUUGCAAAGCACGUCUGGCAGCACUACCAUCGCCUCAAACACCCAGGUGUCUGUACAUUCCGCAACAUCUUCACGAAGUGGCGCCUGGCCGCGGACUUUGCCAAGGCCUCUCGCCUCUUGCGAAAGCAAAGCCAAGCCUACAAAAAACAAUUCUAUGAAGCCCAGGUAGAAGUGACAGAGGCAGCAGCCUCCAAGGGCGAUCAGCGUGGCCUGCAUCUCAUUGUCCGCAGAUUAUCCCCCAAGGAUAGGCACGUUGCCAGCAGACUUCGGAGCACCGAAGGUGCCUUGCUCUCCAAAGAAGCCGAGCUGCAAUCCAUCGUGCAGCACAGCAACCAGACCUUUGCAGUACACUCGGAUGAUAUGCCGAUGUCAGUCCUUGAAACCGACUUUCAGAUUACUGAUGCAGCCCUCACGAGCGAACUGCAGAAAUUAGGUAUUGCCAAAGCUGUGCCCAAACAUGUGGCGCCGUCAGCCACCUGGAAGCUGUGCGCCGCAGCCCUGGGAAACACCCUUGGCCUCGCUCUCCGAGGCCACCUCCGCAAGGGCACACCGGCCAAUCUUGAUGAUGACUGGAAGAACUGCUAUGUCGUGUGGAUCCCGAAGCCUGGGAAACCGCCCGUAAACGUAGCAUCCUUACGGCCUAUCGGACUUACCAGUCCGGCCAGUAAAGCCUUGGCGGGAAGCCUUAGGACCCAACUCCUCAGCCACCUCCAACCAAUGCUGAAGGUGCUGCCACAGUUCGCCUACGCCCAACAACGGGGCACUGCAGAUGCCAUCGCCAAGGCACACAGCCACUUCCAUAGUGUUGAUGAACUGCUUCAGCAAACGAAGGCAGACCGCUUCCAACAGCAAGCGGGCCACCGCCACAGACGUUGUGCGGGGGGCCUAUGCAUCUCUCUUGAUUUAUCGAAAGCCUUCGAUGGAGUAACCCGUUCCCACAUAUACAGGGAAAUGCAUGCACAGCAAGUCCCACCAGAUGUCAUCACGAUAGUGCAGCAGCUUCAUAAGGCAGCCCAGUACAAAUUCCAAGUAGGCGACCUUACUGGAUCCACAACCACUACGAAUGGAAUAAAACAGGGCUGUGUCAUUGCUCCAUAUUUAUGGAACUUUUUCACAAUUGCCUUCCUCACCCUCCUUCGUAACCAACGUGACCUUGAAUGGAUCCAAAGAGUGCUUUCCCUUUUCGCCGAUGAUGUUUGGGGCGCAUGGCUCAUAACAUCCAAAAGAGACUUCGAGGCAGCACUCGCUGAUGUGAGCUUGAUCAUAGCCACUCUUGAGAACUUAUGCAUGACGAUCAACUAUGGCAAAACAGCCAUCCUACUCAAACUCACAGGGAAGGAGGCUAGGCAGCUCAGGCGCGACCACACCAUCAUGAAAGCAGGCCAGCUCCAUUUGAAGUUGACCAUCAACGGCCGCGACUGCACUAUACCCAUUAAAGAUCAGCAUGAGUACCUUGGAACAGGAGUCACCUACACCAACCGCCUUGACCGCAAUAUGACUCACAGAAUCCAAGCCUGCCAACAGCGAUAUCAGGGGCUACGCAGGCUGCUGAAUGGAUCCCACCAUCUCAGCACAAAGCACCGGAUUAGGCUUUGGCGAGUCUGUGUGUGCACGAGCGUACUCUACUCCCAACAUAUUGUGGGCGUGACAACAAGCUCCUUGCAAAGGCUCACCACGCUGCUGACCAGACACCUAAGAGCCAUUCUACGUGUCCCGGCACAUCUCACACACAUUACCAAUGGUGCAGUAUGGUCUCAGGCCGGCCUUCCCAUGCCCGGCUGGCAGCUUCAGCACUCUCUGCAAGUGCAUCAGCAAAGGCUCCAAGCCAAGCAUGACUCUGAUCCAGACAUCACCACUACGCCGCAGGCGCUAGAGUUCGUUGCACAACAGGCUGCCCGGCUGGAGGCGGUCCUCAUGAAUGCGGCCAGGACCUUAGCCACUGAACCCCCAACGCAGCCGCUAGUGAACUGCCCGCAAUGCGAUAAGGCCUUCACCACAGAGAAUGCCAUGCGCAUCCACUGCAGCCUGCAGCAUAAGCACCUACCUGAGAUACAAACAAAAAUCCCCACCACCUUUGACCCUGCCGUGCACUCCCAGGCGGGGAUGCCGGCCUGCCGCCUCUGCGAGCGACAAUUCUUCAGGUGGACCCACUUGAGACAACACAUAGAAAGCAGUGCGUGCCCAGCUUUGGGGGGUGCAAGUCAUAUUCGUUCGCCUGUGCCAGAUGCACUACCGGCGAAGAUUCUGACGCCGCCGACUGCCAAGCUCCCAAUUUUUGAGGGAGAAAACAGCCAGCAUACCCCGCUCGUGCAGCGACCGGCCUUCAUUGCACAAUGUCACAACGCAGAGAAAUGGCUUGCAAUGCCGGCUGUCCGACAGGAACUCUCAAGCCACUGCGCUCUUUGCCACAUGUGGAUUGCAUCAUUCAGACACGUGAAGCAGCACUACAAUCGCACACAUGCUGAAGCGCACCCGGACCUGAUGUUUGCGGCUCGGGCGGACCCAGUACUGAACGACGAGGCGGAGAUCUUCGCAGGCUACUGGGACAACCCAGAGGAGUUCUAUCUGUCCGAAACGGACCACAACAGGUCUCAGAAGCGCCGCCGCCCGGAGCAACCGGACAGGUGGAACCUUCCCCCACGACGAAUGCAAGGCUACCGCCGCUAUCCGAUGCAACCUCCAUUUCCCGGUCACCGUCCCCCGACACACCAUGGCCCACAGGAUCAACUCAGUCUUCUCAGCCGCGUAGUGUUGAAACAGGAGGAGAUCAUCAGCCGUCUUCGCCACGACAAGAUCUUCAUGCUGUUCAUGCGCAACGAGGCCAACGGGACUUUGGGGACACUCAUGAGAAUCUCCAAGGACUGGAAGAACAAAAAGGCCCUCGACGAGGACCCGCUUCGGUCCCCCCUCAGGACGGUCUUGUUCGCCAGCAUGCUACGCGAGGUGAUGAACUUGGCCCAGCAGGCCGUGGCCACGGAGGAGGCAAAGUCCAAGUACAUCCAGACCGAGUGGAUGACACAAGCGGGAGCCUGGAACUACCGCAUCUGGGACCAUGGAGCGAAGGCGCUCAAAGUGGAUCCCAACCGCACGGCCCUCCAGCACGACGAGGCCAUACGGCUGCUAACCUUCUUACUCAAAAACCUCAAGGGAGAAGCAAUCCAACGCUUCGCUGCAACGAAGCAGCUCAGCAUCCUGGAGCAGCAGGGGGCUCAGUUUGCGACUUUCCAGUUGGAAGUCUCCCUACGGGGCCAGACGGCCCAGGAGCUCUACGAGACGUUGGAGAAACUCACAGGGUGCACUCUGAUGAACCUAAUAGGGGUUUCGAUGAAGAAGGACACCCUCCCCUGCGCACCACUGGCGAAGAAGCUCGGGGACAUGGUUUACCGGCGACAGGGUCACUGUGAAUCCAGGGGCCUAUCUGCAGAUGGUCUGGAAAAGGAAGAGGACAUCAACUGGUUCAGCAGCCGUGUCACAUUGCUCCAGAUGCAGAUACAAGGCUUGGCCGAGGGCAUGGAAGCCCUUCAGCAGGCCCUCAACCGUCUGGAUUCACGACUGCGACGACUCGAGCUGCAAGCGUACCAACCAAGUCGAGACAGCAGCAACAAGUGCCCGCCCAAGUGGAGGAACAAGCAGCUCAUGAUUGCGCUUGAGACAAUGGAUGACUAG